CUCCGUGUUUUAAUUCAGGUUUUAUUGAAGGUUUUGUUUACAAUCGGAUAAAAGUACCUGGCUGUUGCCUUGUACCGGCGGAGGAGUGGGUGGUGAAGCGGUUGAUUGAUGAUUAGAUGUAUGGUGUUGAUCACGGAGAGAGGAUGACUCACCCCCGUCUGAUGUGAUGUUCACCCCGCAACAGCUCAGCAGUGCGGAGGCACGCCGGUAGUUCAGCUUGACACCUCGUUGUUGCUGCACCAAUAAAAGUUUAGCAAACAGUUAAUAUGCUUUUAGGCGGCCCUAUGAUACCUCGUUUGCUUGAAACUUAAGUGGCUGUCACUUGAGACCGAGCGUCGUGCUUUACCGUACAUUUCGUGACGCCUGAUUGCCAUGGAAACAGCGGUGCGCUGAGAGGAAACUGUCCGUGUUAACUUCAGCAGCAACCUUUCAGAGGGUCGGAUAAACCUGUUGGAUAUCUCUGUGUUUUCCUUCUAUUGCUACUCUGGCUUUACUUUCUAUUUUAAUUUGGCAACGAAACAGACCUCUAUUUCACAGGUGAGGAUGAUGGAGUUUCCAAUAGAGAAGAGGUUCCACAACUUGACCCUUGAGCAAAUGCAAGCUCUGGAUAAAGUCUUGACUGAGGUUAUCCCCAUCCAUGGACGAGGAAACUUCCCCACACUGCAGGUGAGAGCGAAAGACAUCAUCCGUGUGGUUAAGGAUCGGCUGGUGGAAAGAGACAUCCAGGUGAGAGAUAUAAGGCUCAACGGCGCGACGGCCAGCUACGUCCUGGUGAGGGAUAACUGCCUCGGCUACCGAGAUUUAGACAUCAUUUUUGGAGUGGAGCUGCCCAGGGAGGGGGACCUUCAGGUGAUAAAGGAGGUAGUGCUGGGCACCCUACGAGACCUCCUCCCCUGUGGCGUUAACAGACGGAAGAUCACAUGCCUGACGAUGAAGGAGGCCUACGUGCAAAAGAUGGUGAAAGUUUUCAACGAACAUGACAGAUGGAGCCUAAUCUCGCUUUCGAACAAUAGAUCUAAAACCGUAGGGCUCCGCUUCGUCAGCUCCCUUAGAAGACAGUUCGAGUUCAGCGUGGACUCCUUCCAGAUCAUAUUAGACCGCAUGCUGGAGUCUUACUGGGAGACAGAAAGGAAACAAGUAGGGAAGUUGGCAUUGAAUGCUGGGAAUUUGUCUAAAAGACACAAUGAGGAUGAAAAGAAAAAGCAAGAGCAAUCAAGUGUUCCUCGAGAAGUUGAACCUGAUGUUGAAAAAGACUCCAAUGGAGAAAACCAAUCUGAGGAUAAGACCAUUCCUGUGCUUGAGGAAGAGCUUCCAGGUGCAAAGGUUGAGCGUGUGGUUGAAAAGCAGCAGGAGUUGCUGGAUUCCACGAGCGCUAGCUUACCGCAGGGAGACGUGGAUGGGGUCAAAGACGUUCAUUCAGCAGAAGAAAUUGUGUUUGAGAUAUGUGAAGAAAAAGGAGAAGAGAAAGGUCAGUUUCACAAUGAUUAUCCUUUACUUUUAGCCGCUGAAACGUUAUUACCGGUUGCCAGGGAUCCGCUGAUGACACAUGCAUGUUUAAAUCUGCAGAGUUAUGAAGACCUGUCUGCGUCACAAGCUCCUCCAACUGCAGAAAAGUCAGCUCUGCAGGAAGUCCAUUGCGUGGAAACUACUCAGUUCAAAGUCGACUCCCCACAAGAUUCACUUCUUGAAUUUUCCUUUCCUCCUCCUGCUAAGAAAACUUGCAGCACAUCACAGAAUAUUGUACCCGACUAUUGCCCUUCUCCAAAAUUACAAAGGAAAAUGUCGAGGAAGUUGAUCAGUAAGCCAGAGAAUUGGUCUUUACUGACUGAUUUGUCAGAUCUUACAACUCCGCUGUUUCCCCCCAUGGAGAUACCCAAACCUCUUCAGCGAAAGCCUUCUUUACUGGACAGCGCUCAAGUUCAUGGCUCAAAUGUUCUGACCCCAAAGUCAGAGGCUUUACAAACCCUUUCAGCUCCCACAUGCGGUCCAGUAAGUACACUCCAGGAUGGGACUGGCUCCAAUGAAACUGUGGAACAAACUGUAAAGCCAAAACACUCGAGGAAGCCUCCUGAUUUAGAGACUCAAAGGCACACAUAUGGACAGCCUCAGAUCAAUGAUCAAACCCCAGAAGCUGUACAGAACCGGUGCGGGGCGGGUUCAUGGGUUGGUGCAGCCGGGGAGCCUACUAUCACUGUCGAAGCGGAGUGCAUGUAUGGAGACUUUGACCAGGCGAUGGACCACCUCCGCCUCCGCCUCAUCGCCACCCACAAACCAGAGGAGAUCCGAGGAGGGGGCCUGCUGAAAUACAGCGACCUGCUGGUUAGGAACUUCCGUCCAGCCAGCGAGACUGAGAUCAAGUCCUUGGAGCGAUACAUGUGCUCCCGCUUCUUCAUUGACUUUCCCGACGUGAGCGACCAGCAGCGAAAGAUCGAGGCCUACCUGCAAUGCCAUUUUAUUGGCAACGAGGAGACGAGCAAGUAUGACUACCUGAUGACCCUGCGGCGCGUCAUAGACCAGAGCACGGUGUGUUUGAUGGGACACGAGAGGAGGCAGACCCUCAACAUGAUCACAGUCCUGGCUCUCAGGGUGCUGGGCGAACAGAACGCCAUUCCCAACACUGCCAACGUUACCUGCUUCUACCAGCCGGCUCCGUACAUGGCCGAGCCCAUUUACAGCAGCUACUUCAUCACCCAGGCCCAGCCCCCCCUCGUCUACCACCCCUACCCGCUACAAGUGCACGUGCAGACCGGCCUGGUGUAGCUACAGUGAGGUGCCCACAGAGAGGCAUUGAGGCUGCUUUCAGCAUGGUGCUCUGCAAGCAUAGGCACAAAUGGAAGUUUUAUCGACAACAGGCAACCAAGGGCACAGUGCUCGUGUUUGAUGCUUUGAAACCCCUCCCGAUUAUGAAAUAAAAGGUCAGAACUGAAAGGGGUAUGGAGGCGAAGCAUGGCACCCUUUCAAGAUGGACACUUUUAAAGAGGAAAGAAAGAGCCCAAUUUCAGGGAGCUCGUGGAGAGGAUUUAUUGAAGUGGAGGGUCUUUGUUCAUUGCUGUUUCAGCUCAGCUUUGGCUCUAUGCUCACCGUCCAUUGUUGAGGUGAAUGUUGUAAUGUGAUAAAUCUCUAUGGCUUAAAGAUACACAUUUUCAACAUAUAAGAACAUCAUACGUGUUGGCAACAAAAAUAUCGAUUAGUUAAAGUUUGAAUAAUGAUAAAUCCUUAACCUAAGGGUUGAAAACACCUUUAUAGCUGGUUUUGUGACUCAUCAGUAUCUGUGGAGUGAAUUUCAGAUUGUACCUGUGUAUUCACUGUAGAGUAAAAGAGCAUAAUUUACCAAGGGAAUACAUUAGAAAUAAAAUGCUGUGAUAUCUUUAUGAUAUUGUAAGUUAUAUAUCUGUGAAUGUUAACACCUAAUUUCAAGGGUGGAAACAGGAGAUUGAAGGCUUGGUUCCAUUAUGACUGUAUGGAAAUGAUUGAGUGGGUUAAGAGAAGCUAAACAAACAGAUUAGGCUUUUAAUUGGACAGAAAAAAUGUGUGCUUGGUCUCCAUCUCUCGUAAUGAUAAGAUAAUAAUAUUGGGGGUCUUUACCUUUCUUUGAACAUUAAAAGCUUCUUUAUGCAAAUUCAUUGCAGAGAAAAGCCUAAUUAUUUUCAACAGCCACUUAAAAUAUUAAAACCAAACUCCCAAUCAGGGACAUGUUACUGUGGGGUGUUUGUUAGUGCUUUUGCAUUGCUAAAAUUAAUUGACGAUGCAGUUUAUCAAAUCUAUUCAAGUUUCCUUUCUACUUAAAAUCCAGAGAGCAUGUCAAAUUCUGUUUUCCCUCGUCAACAGGCUGAAUAUAUGUUUUGUGUGCAUUACUUGGUGACUGUUUAUUUUUCUUAUUGAUGUAAGUGAAUGUUUUGCCAGGGUUUUGCUUGCUGAUGUUACGGCACAUUUGAAUUUUUCAAGCAGUCGAUGCAGCCAGCAGUUAUUGCACUGUGUUUGUUCAUUGUGUAUGCAUACAGUAUAUAUACUCAGUAUUUUUUCACAAUACAAAGAAAAGAACAUGUAAGCACAGGUAAGGAAAUGUGUGCUGUUCACACUCAAGCUGAGACUGAAGCACAAUGUAAAUGCACAACAAAACAAAAGCUGUUGUUGAGUAAUGAAUGUGUUUCUGACAAGCUCGUGAAUCCCCGAUUAAAUAUUGAAACGUCUAAAACACUGUGUGCCGUAUAGUGUAGCUUUGAAGUAAUGUAUCUAUCUGGAGAUUUUGGGUGUAUCGUUACGACAGUUUGACAUGUAGAGAAGUUAAAGUAUUCCUGUUAUGAUAUGUUACUGCUCAGAUUGUUGUUUUUGUGGUAAUAAAUACAGAGAAAAAUAGGUUUGUCUAAAGUCUUCUAUUGGUGGUCUGAGUUACAUUGUCACAGUUUAAAAACAAUUACUAAUCUGUUUAUGCACAUGCGAUAACUAAGA